CAUCAUCAAAGGAUUCAUAUAUCAGAGUAGGUCCUUUUUCCUUCAUGGCGCCGCUCUUCUCGCUGGUCUCCCCUUUUACACUGACUUCAAGUUCCUAUCACCACAAACCAAGCCAUGAAAGACGAUACACUCCCCCUUCAUUUCCAACACUGGUUUCCCCAGUACGGCCCCACAUUCCAAAGGUUCAUCAACGGCCCCUGCCGGAGCGUCUUCGCCGCCUACAUCAACCAAGACGCCCCCAACUCAUGCAACUACGUGGGCUGUCUGUCCGGUCGCGUCGUCCACUGCCUCCUAUCUCAGGCAACCGAGUCGACCAAGGCCAACAUGGCCGCCGCCGCCGUGCUGCUCGGCCUGCUGCCGACUACAUUAAGUCUCAUCGGAUCCAACACGGUCGAGACGGGCCUGCUUGCUCUCCGCCGGCCUCUGCUCGCCGGCCUCCUCGCCGCGGGCACCCCGGCUGUGGCGCCCAUGCGCAUGUUUGACUACGACGACCCCGUCGAGCUGAUGAGCAGGUCAUCGCCGCUGCCGCUGAGCGUCGGCCUGCCGGGGUGCAACCUGAAGACAAUGGCGGCGCUGGUUUUGGUCGCGGAAUACCUUGUCGCAGCCGCGGCGGUAGCCAAUCUGGCGCAUCUUAGUUAUCUGCUCAGUAUCCAGGCCGUGUGCAGUUUCUCGUCGGAGACGGCGUUCCACCCGGCCCUGUGGGCGUCCUUUGCGCUGCUGCUGCAUGCGUGGGGGGCGUUUACGGUCCGGCUGCGGGUUGCCGUGCGGGAAGAGGGCUGGGACUCUCCCUCUUCCAGUGCUCCUGACGGGCUGGGUUGGUUCAGGGCACGGCUGUACGGAGUUGGGCAGAGACUCUCGCGGCUUUUUGGGAAUGAGUUCCAGACCUGUGUUUAUGGAGGGGACGGAUUUCGGUUGGAACUGAAGAUCAAGGACAAGUCCAGCUUAUUCAUCUUUUGCACCUGGGUCACCUCGAUUGCCACCGUCUCGCACAUCAUUUACGGCACGCUAAUCUUCUCGAGCAUCUUGUUUGUCAGCACCUCGGAUGCCAUGCAGAUUGUGGCACGGUUCGUGGCCUCGACCGUGAUAUGCCGGGUUAUUCUCGUGUUUGAGAUUACCGGGAUGCGGCAGAGGAUCGGAGCUCUGACGGACAAUUCUGCCGGCCACAUGUGUCCUGAAUAUUUGAAGGGGGGAUGCAAAGUCGAUGUGAGAGGGCUAGAUGGGAGGCGUUCUGUCGACGGUGAUAGGGUAACUGCGUGGACAAUGAACACGAUAUGACCAAGCCUCCUUUACAGUAAUUACUAUUAUAGCGGCUUUUGAUAAUAGAUAAUACGCUGAACCAUGGAA